AUGAUAUUUAUGGUGGAACUCGAUGCUAGGAGCCGGCAAUUAGAAUUGGAAAAUAUUCCAUUUGCUGAAGUUCCAGCUGUUCUUCCCUCUUUGGAAAACGAUGGCGAAAUAUGUGUGGUAUGCAGGGUAGAAGAGAGAACGCAUGCUUUAAUACCAUGUGGGCACAAAGUAUUAUGCGAAGAGUGUGUGUAUCUGUUAGAGCCUAAACGCGGUCCUAUAUGCAAUGUUGACUUUACAACAUCCAUCAGAAUUUGGUAA